AUGCGGGAGACUUCCCGCGAGCGCCCGGGCGCCGGGAGUGCUGGUCGACCUGGAGUUCUGGGGGAAUCCCGGGAUCCCUGGCCGCGGGCGCGUCCAAGUACCGCGCCGGGGCAGAGCGGGGGAGUGCUGGUCGACCCGGUCCACGGGACGGGGGAAAAGGAGCGCAAGGCGCGACCGCCCACCGGCGGUCCCCCCCGCCCCGGCCUCGCAUCCCCCUCUGGGAAAGGGGUCCGCGAGGCCGGCCCCCGGCGGCGCCCACGCGCCGAGGCAGCCAGCGCCCACCGACUACCCCCUCCUUCCCCGUCCCAGCCCGGGGCCCAAGGCCCCGGCGAGGCGGGAGAGGGGCCGGUGUGGCAGCCACCCCAAGGCGCGCAGACACGCCCGGCGGUGCGCCCCCUCUUCGCCGUUCCCGUCGACCCGGCCCUCCCCACGCACACCCUACCAGGGCGGGACGGGCACAACCCCCGCCGGCCGGCCGGGGGAGGCGCGCGAGACCCGCCGACCGACCGCCCCCUCCCCCCAACCCCGGGCGCGGGGCAGGGUGGGGGACGCGGCCGAGAGGGCAGCGGGGACCGGGAAGUGUACCGCCCCAGUCAAACUCCCCACCUGGCACUGUCCCCGGAGCGGGUCGCGCCCGGCCGGCGCGGCCGGGCGCUUGGCGCCAGAAGCGAGAGCCCCUCGGGGCUCGCCCCCCCGCCUCACCGGGCGCCGGCCGAGGCGAGGCGCCGCGCGGAACCGCGGCCCGGGGGCGGACCCGGCGGGGGGGACCGGCGCGCCGACCGCCGCGGCGGCGAGGGGGGCGAGGGCGGGGGAAGACGGGGGACGGAACCCCCGCCGCCCGCCGCCCGACCCCCCCCGCGCGCGGCGGGGCGCGCCGGCGCCCGCCGGGCUCCCCGGGUGCGGCCGCGACGCCCGCCGCAGCUGGGGCGAUCCACGGGAAGGGCCCGGCUCGCGUCCAGAGUCGCCGCCGCCGCCGGCCCCCCGGGUGCCCGGGCCCCCCAACCCGACUCCGGGAAGACCCGGGCCCGGCGCGCCGGGGGCCGCUACCGGCCUCACACCGUCCACGGGCUGGGCCUCGAUCAGAAGGACUUGGGCCCCCCACGAGCGGCGCCGGGGAGUGGGUCUUCCGGAGUGGGGGCCGAAAACACGGGCGCGGGCGGGGAGCACGAGCCGGCGGCACAGGCGGGAGCCCUGCCGGGCUUGGAGGAGGGGCAGGGGGAGACGGUGGGGGAUGCGUUGACGCCCAGGGGCGGGCCCGAGCGCGGCACGGCGCACGCACGCGGGGAGGCGAGGGUGGGGGUUGGAGGGAGCACACGCACGAAGCCGGGGCGGCGGGCGGGGCGGGGCGGGGGAGGGGGGGGGGCCACGGGCCACGGCCCUCGCCCCCCGCACACCCCCACCGCCACAGCCACCGCCACCGCCCACGGGCACCGCCGCCCGGGCUCCUUCUCCUCCCCUCCUUCACCGAAGCCCCCGCGAGCAACCGCCGCACGGCUGCGGGGCCGGGCGACGGACGGCGCGGCGCGGCUGUCCGCCCUGGGCGACAACACCCCGUCGACCCCCGACCCACCGCGGGCUCGGGGCACACAGCGCGGCGUGGCCGCAACCCGGGGGAAAGCGCGCAGCGGCGGGCGGCGCCGCGGCGUCCCGCGGGCCGCCGCCGGGGCACGCGUCCCCGGGGCGCGGCCCCGCGCGCGACUCGGCCUCGGCGCGAGCCGCCCCGACAGGGCGAAGGCCGGGAUCGCCGGCGGGGAGGGAGGGGGCGGGCGCGGAUCCCGGACGCGAGGCGGUGGCCCGCGGAUGGGGGGCCCCCACGGCCCGGACGACCGCGGCUCCCCGCCGGGGGCACGGCGGCGAGACCGACGGCGUUCCGGAACCGGGCCCUCCACCACGACGGGUCAACACCGGCGAGCGGCACGGGACCGCGACCCUCCCCAACACACAACCCCGGGCGACCCCAAGACCGCGGGUGCCUCCAGCCGGCCAGUCAGACACAAGCGAGACCAGACUCCGAGAAGGUCGGAAAGGUUGGACAACGGGGCAUCCGGCCACCGCGCGCCCCCCCCACGCGAGGGGCGAAGCUCGGACAACCCCACAGGCGCCCAGGGGGUUCCCACCUACCCCCCCACACCCACCGAGGGACGCGGGGCACACACGCACAACGCACGGCCCCACGGGGCCGCCGGGCAGCCCCCUCCCGACGGCCGCACGGAGACCGUGGCGUGGCGCAGCAACCCCAGCCCCGGGGGCCCGAACCACCCCCGGAGGGCGCCACGGGGGCCCGCCGCCGCGCCGCGCAUCCCGAGACGCGCCGAGGGCGCCGUGCGGGCACGGCGACCGGGAAGGACCAGCGCCGAGGACGAAGGCGGCGGCGGCGGCGGCGCGCGCGCGCCCCUCCGCAAGCCCUCGACCCGCCGUCCGCGGGGAAGGGCCCUUUUUCCCCCCCGCGCGCACUUCUCUCUCGUCCCUCGCGACCAGCGGGCCGGCACCGCACCGGCCCGCCCGCGCCGCACGGAUAGUCAAGUUCGACCGUCUUCUCAGCGCUCCGCCAGGGCCGUGGGCCGACCCCGGCGGGGCCGAUCCGAGGGCCUCACUAAACCAUCCAAUCGGCACGGCGACUACCAUCGAAAGUUGAUAGGGCAGACGUUCGAAUGGGUCGUCGCCGCCACGGGGGGCGUGCGAUCGGCCCGAGGUUAUCUAGAGUCACCAAAGCCGCCGGCGCCCGCCCCCCGGCCGGGGCCGGGGGGAGGCUGA